CGUCACAAUCGCAUUCACACGGGCGAGCGCCCUUACCCUUGCACGCACCCGGGCUGCAACAAGUCCUUCCUACAGCGAUCAGCGCUCACUGUCCACUCGCGCGUGCACAGCGGCGAGCGGCCGCAUGAGUGCGAAUUUCCUGGCUGUGGCAAGAAAUUCUCCGACUCGAGCUCGUUGGCUCGUCAUCGUCGUACCCACUCGGGCAAGAGGCCCUAUGUGUGCGAGUUUACGGGAUGUGGCAAGAUGUUCACCAGGAGGACGACACUCAAUCGUCAUGCGCGA